GCCGGUUCAACUCGGCUCAGUCCAGGCUCUGUUCGUACGUGUUGCUAGUCGUGUUUAUGAUUGAAAUUUAAUAUUUUAAUAAAUAAACUAAAUUGAAAAUGUCGGCUUCACCGAUCGCAAGACAGGCUACUCACAGCCAAGCGAUUCCGUCAAGAAAAGUUUUAAUUACCGAUCCAUCGCAGAUGCCUGAUGUUUACUCAAGUACGCCCGGAGGAACUAUCUACUCUACAACUCCUGGAGGUACCAGGAUAGUCUAUGAAAGAUCAUUUCUGAUGUCACUUAGACAGUCUCCGAUCUCACAAACUCCGCCCAAGUGCAAUUUGCCAGCGGCUUUACUCAGGAACCCUGGGUCUUCACCGAACACACCAACCACACCGGCACAGAAACCACGGUCUAAUUCCAUAUCCUUCGAUGAAUCGCAGGAGACAUUCAGUAUGGAUCUCUAAUAGCUUUAAUUAUUUCGUAUUUUGUAAAAAUUCUUCAUAUUGUCUGCUAAAUAUUAUCAAUGCAACUUUGCAGACAAUUUUUUUAAAUAUAAGUUUGUUUAAAUUUUUGUAAUUUUUAUUAUGAAUUUAUGUUAUAUUUCCUUAUUAAUAGUCAUGAAAUAACAUCAAUGUCCUAUAAAUCCUUUUCACUCAAAACAAUUAUAAUAUUUUUCGUUCAUUUUAUUUAUGAACAUUUAUAUAAAUUGUUUAAAAUAAAUCAGAUAUAUUCUAUGUAUAACAUGACUGCUUUAUUACAGUUAAUUAAUGCAAUUGUUUUUAUGCUUAAGCAUUUUUAUAUUUAGAUGCUAGUCUAUAAAAUGUGACUGAAUUGUAUUUUGCGUUCGAAACGCAUAUCCGUACCACAGACAAUAACUUAUUUUUUUUUGUUAUUAAACCUCUCGAAUGGAUAAAUUAAAAUUAAACAUAAGUUACUAAACAGUUAAAUUUUUAAAUUAGAAGAAUCGAAAAAAGAAGUCAUCUUUUUUGACGUUUCUGAGAGGUUUCUUUUUCAAUUCAUAGAUGGCGCUGUUCAGACUUUUUACUUUAAGCGUCAAAAUGCUGCUCGCAAAUGACUCUUUGUGUUAAAAAUAUUGUUAUUCAAUGUGAAUACGGAUACAGUUCUGUUAACUUAAGAUUAAGUCAUGCGUUUGACGCACAAUUAAUAUCUUAGGGGUGGUCUAAGUUUUUUCUUUUGUAAGCAAGUAAGUAAAGAAGUUUUGUAGCAAUGAAGUCAUAUUUGUAUUAAAUAAUUUUCUUCAUGUCAUUAUCUUGCGAUAUUUUAGUAAUCUCAUCACGUGAGAUUUAAACUUUUGAUUUAAAAAAUGUAUUGGUCACAUAUUUUUUAUUGUUGCGGCAACACCGACGACUGUUUUUUUUUUAAUAACGUUGAUUUCUGCCAUUUGUUAAUAUGCUAUAUUUUAUAAGAGCUUAUGAAAUGUAUGAUAUUGUACGAGUUAAAUACGUCUAUACUGUAAGAUCAAACAGGCAUGGAGACUUACAAUAUU